AUUGAAUGUUAAGUUACAUAAUACUGUAUAUGUACAUGCAUUCAAUGUUCGAACAGUUCGAGAUCUCAUUAGGGACACAUUGUCUCCAUCAACUCAUCGAUCAUUGGCCAUCCUCCAUCAGUCGACUCUGCCGCAGGUCUGAAACGCACGAGUUUCACAGGGAUUAUCGCGACUGAGCCAUCGUCAGUUUUUUGUAGAAUAGCCGCUUUGGCUUAAUGGUCACUGACUUUUUUACCUUUACUUUCCAAAUAAUAAAUCUAGACAUUCUAUUUUCUCUUCUAUCCUAAUUUUGAUAAAGUGAAGUUAUCAUCGCUUUCCCUCCUUUUCCCUCCUUUAUUUUAUUUAUUUCGAGCGUGACUGGUGCACCUUAAUUCCAUCUUGCUAUUACUUGUAUACCUCCUUUGCUCGCUCGCCUAUUCAUUCACUAUCCCAUCGCUCACUCACUCACUCGAUCGAGAACGUCCUGACUUGAAGUCCGUCAACCAUCUAUAAACCCUACACCUUUGUAACCUCUAAAGUCAGCCCAGAUUAAAUCGAUAAAAAUGUCGGGUCAAUUCGGAUUCAUGGGCAAAAUUGGCGCCACGGACGCAGCCGUCGCCACCCUGAACGAUCAGCCAUACCUGUUCACCAUCCUCGUCGUCGUCCUUGUUGUACUCAUCCUCGAGUCUGUACUCAUAUGGUACAUCCACUAUGCGACUAUGAAGCCAGAGCAGAAGAAGAAGAAGGACGCCAAGAAGAAUACCAAGAAACCUGCAGCCCCCGGAGCAAAGCCGCCAGCACAACGAUAAAGACUACGCCCAUUCCAUUAAAUUGGAUAGCUACGAUAUGCCGAAUUUUGGUUAUGAUUUGGGAUCCGCUCGCUUCCAAAGGCAUACCAGUUCACCAAUCAAAUAUGAUGUGCUAGGAGAAGCAGGAUCCUCCAGGUGGAAUGAAUAAGCAUCCUACAACUAAAUAUAUAAAGAAUCAUCAUGAAGCGUUCCAGGGGUUUAGCGUUUAAGGGGGGGACGUAUAAUAGACUCAAGAUGGUGCCAUCUAUAAAAGUGCUUUGAUGAAAGCAGGCCGCGUCUAGCACUUGUAAUUAUUAUGUAUUUACUUGGUUAUGUCUACCAACAUUGUUUAUACAUUUCUGGAACCAUGAAAUGCCCCUUUAUUUUCUCGACCAAGUUCAUACAUUACAUCACCGUCUACU